AUGUCCCAGCAGCCAUACACCGGGCCUGGCGCCUCAGUUCACAUCAAGGUAACUGUUGCGCCCGAAUCAGUUCCCAAGUUCUUCUCCUUGAUUAAGCCCGCGUAUGAUGCUGCAACUGCGGAGCCAGAAUGCAUCUUCUUCGAGAUAUAUCAGAAUCCUGCCAUACCGGGAGAGAUCAAGUAUGUCGAGAAUUGGAACCAAAGUGUGGAAUGGCUGCGAAAUGUACAAUUUCACAAGCCAUACUAUAAGCCAUACUUCGAGGAAUCGGAGGCGUUGUUUAUCAAACCAAAGAAGUUUGAGAUCUGGGAGCGUAUGCCGGGGAACGAUUGGGUUACUGUGAAGAACGAGAUGACGGAUAAAGCCUGA